UUUCCAUUCGAUUCGGUCCAGAGGAUGCUGGGAAUGUGUCGCGGGCGCAGGAAGUUCCUGGCGGCCUCCCUCGCCUUGCUCUUCAUCCCAGCGCUCACUUGGCUUUACCUGUCAGUCGGCAGCUUUCAAGUGAAGCCGCUUCCCCUGUCACCCUUGGAAACCCAGUCGUCCACGCCGGGCGGAGGAGCGGGCGAGCGUCAAGCGUUGGAGUCGCGGGUGCGGGCGGUGGAGGAGGAGAACCGGGCGCUGCGCCGCGAGCUCAGCCGGCCGCCCAGAAGCCCAUCGUCACGCCUUCCGUACGGCGGUCACCAUGGCAACCAGAGUAGAGCCCAUUCAGAGGAGGGCACCGGUGAUAACGAGGGCCAGAAAGCUGCUGCAGUGGCCAACAGCUCAGACUGUGUCCAGCAGCCGGCCGUGGAUAAGUGCGAGACCAUCCACGUUGCCAUCGUGUGCGCAGGUUACAAUGCAAGCCGAGAUGUGGUGACCCUGGUUAAAUCCGUCCUUUUCCACAGGCGGAACCCUCUCCAUUUCCAUUUCAUCACUGACUCCAUAGCUCAGCAAAUCCUGUCGUCUCUGUUCCACACCUGGAUGGUCCCUGCUGUCCGGGUCGACUUCUAUGACGCAGAUGAGCUCAAGUCUGAGGUGUCAUGGAUCCCCAACAAACAUUAUUCCGGAAUCUACGGUUUGAUGAAGCUGGUGCUCACGAAAACGCUUCCGCCAGAUCUCCAGAAAGUCAUCGUCCUGGACACGGACAUCACAUUCGCCACGGACAUUGCCGAGCUUUGGGCAGUCUUUCACAAAUUCAAAGGUCAGCAAGUUUUGGGUCUGGUGGAGAACCAAAGUGACUGGUACCUUGGAAACCUAUGGAAGAAUCACCGACCGUGGCCUGCCUUGGGUCGAGGCUUCAACACGGGGGUGAUUUUGCUGCUCCUGGAUCGACUGCGAAAGCUGCGAUGGGAGCAGAUGUGGAGGCUGACUGCCGAGCGGGAAUUAAUGAGCAUGCUGUCUACUUCCCUGGCAGACCAGGAUAUCUUCAAUGCUGUGAUCAAACAGAACCCAUUCCUGGUUCACCAGAUGCCCUGCUUCUGGAACGUUCAGUUGUCUGACCACACACGCUCUGAGAAAUGCUACAAAGAUGUGUCAGACCUCAAGGUUAUCCACUGGAACUCCCCGAAGAAACUCCGAGUCAAGAACAAGCACGUGGAGUUCUUCCGUAAUCUCUACCUAACCUUCCUGGAAUACGACGGCAACCUGCUGCGGCGGGAAUUGUUCGGCUGUCCCAGCGAGGCCGAUCACAACAGCGAGAAUCUCCAGAAGACGCUAUCAGAGUUAGACGAAGACGACCCGUGCUACGAAUUCCGCCGCGAGCGCUUCACCGUCCACAGAACGCACCUCUACUUCCUCCACUAUGAGUACGACGUCACCCCUGACAACGCCGACGUCACGUUGGUCGCGCAGCUCUCCAUGGACAGACUUCAGAUGUUGGAGGCCAUUUGUAAGCACUGGGAAGGCCCCAUCAGCCUGGCGCUGUAUUUAUCCGACGCCGAGGCGCAGCAGUUCCUACGCUACGCUCAGGGCUCCGAAGUUCUCAUGAGUAGAGGGAACGUCGGCUACCACGUGGUCUACAAAGAGGGGCAAUUCUACCCGGUCAACCUUCUGAGAAACGUUGCCAUGCGCCAUGUCAACACGCCGUACAUGUUCCUGUCGGACAUCGAUUUCUUGCCCAUGUAUGGCCUCUAUGAGUAUCUCAGGAAAUCAGUCGUGCAACUCGACAUGGCCAACGCCAAGAAAGCGUUGGUGGUGCCGGCGUUUGAGACGCUGCGUUACCGCCUGUCCUACCCAAAAUCCAAAGCUGAACUGCUCUCUCAGCUGGACAUGGGAACUCUCUUUACCUUCAGGUACCACGUGUGGACCAAAGGCCACGCACCGACCAAUUUUGCCAAAUGGCGGACGGCCACCACGCCUUACAGGGUAGAGUGGGAGGCCGACUUUGAGCCGUACGUCAUGGUGAGGCGGGACAGCCCCGAGUACGACCGCCGCUUUGUCGGUUUCGGCUGGAACAAGGUGGCGCACAUUAUGGAGUUGGAUGCGCAGGAAUACGAAUUUGUGGUUCUACCCAACGCGUACAUGAUCCACAUGCCUCACGCGCCCAGCUUCGACAUCACCAAAUUCCGCUCCAACAAGCAGUACCGUGUCUGCUUAAAGACCCUCAAGGAGGAGUUCCAGCAGAACAUGUCGCGGCGCUACGGCUUUGCCGCACUUAAGUACAUGACGGCUGAGAACAACAGCUAG